UUAAACAAAAAUAAGAUGGACGUGUUCUGCUCCUCUUGCGUGUCAAGUUUAAAAAAGGCUUUUUGUAGCGGGCCGAACAUCCUUCGGCUGGGUCCUUCCGCAAUAUCUAGUGUAUGGUACAGGUCUAUGGGUCUCUCGGAUCAAGGUUGGAAAACCCGGACCCGGUUAUGCCUUCAUACUAUAUAUACACGUCACUCCCUAUUCCCAAUAAGUGCGAAGCUCGAAAUUCCAUUGCCUCCUCUUUGUUUCUCUCCUCUUCCAUCGCUCUCUCCUUCGCGCGGGGCGCAUGAUAGAGAAAGCCCCCCACUUCUGUCUCUAGCUAUGAUAACUCUCGUCUUCACUUCACCCUCCUCUUCUUCUACUUUGCUCUCUCUCAAGCCUCAUACCUUGUCACUCUCCAGACUUAAUCACCACAGUAACAGGCUAAUUAAGAGGAAGGUUUUUAAGAACAACGGAAUAUGCAGGGCGGAGUUCUCCCGCGACGCGCCGUUUGCUGCGGCUAUUGGUGUGUCUAUGCUAUCUUCGCUGUUUUUGCCUAACACUGCUCGCAUGGACGAGGAUGGUGAUUCCGCCAUUGAUUCGACUGAUGCCAGAUUGAUGGUGAUGGGGAUCAUUAGUUUCAUUCCUUACUUUAAUUGGCUGAGUUGGGUGUUUGCAUGGCUUGACACGGGGAAACGGCGCUAUGCUGUCUAUGCUUUUGUAUACAUGGCUCCAUACCUCAGGUCAAACAUGUCACUGUCCCCUGAGGAGAGUUGGCUUCCUGUUGCUAGCAUUGUUCUUGGUAUCAUUCAUGUACAGUUGGAAGCGAGUAUCAAAAAUGGAGAUCUUGAGGGAUUUCAAUUAUUCAACAAGGCGUCAGUUUUUUUUUCAUCAAUGAUGAAAAGGAAAGAUAUUAAUUUGAAAGAGCAUGAGGAACUAUUUGAUGAGGGUAGACAAGAACCCAGGAAUCUACCAUCUGCUGAAGAACAAUUAAGAGAUGAGAUUCGGGAGUGGAGAGCCCCCAGAAAGCCCUCAGAACAUCAUGAACCUUCAAAUGGUGAUUGGGAUAAUGAUGAUCAGAGGAAACAAUAGAAAUCUGCUUCGGUUGCAAUAUAUAAUUUUUCAUUGCCUUGCAACAUUUGUGAUUAACCCGUCGCAGAAUUGAUUACUGUAAUAUAUGCUUGAAAAAAAAUUACUCUUUUUUAGUAUGCAGUUUUUCAUGACAGAGAAGCUGGUCACGUUAUCAUCUAAAAUUUCUUAGUAGGAUUUUGUGAAAA